UAUCCACAAUAACCUUCAAUUAUUGCCUUCCAUUUGUCGUCUCUCAACGACAACAAGCAGAAGCAUCAAUUUUAGUUUGCAAUUAUUUCUCAAGAAUCCGUUACCAGUUUCCAAUUUUUAAUUCUUGGACAUAGGAAAUCAUCGACGCAGAUUGUUGGCAUUGCCUAUUUUUCUGGAGCCAAUCGCAACUGCUUUUUAACCGAAUUUUACCCUCUUUUACUUACUGAGCCUUCUGAUUUCGUUGGAGGGAGUUUCUUUUCUCCCGGGGAAAAAAGAUUCAUUUUUUCGCUUAUUUCUAAAUCAUUAUCCCCAAUUAAACAAGGGUUUCCACUUCCGUUUGUUAAUCAUGCAAAUCAAGAAGCUUGUUGCCAUGCCGUCUCGCACCGGGAGGCAUUUGCAGCGCUAUAAUAAGGGAUUUCGUCAGGUUGUUGGAUGUAUUCCAUAUAGAAUCAGAGACACCAAAAAAACUCAUUCGAUCGAUGAUAUCACACUCGAAGAUUUGGAGAUCCUUUUGAUCAGCUCUCAAAAGAGUGCAAGACUUAUGUUCCCUAAGGGUGGAUGGGAACUCGAUGAAGAUAUCGAACUGGCAGCUUCACGAGAGACCUUAGAGGAAGCCGGCGUAGUUGGCCUUCUAGGGGAAAAAUUGGGUGAAUGGAUUUUCAAGAGCAAAAGCCAAGAGAAGUAUCAUGAGGGAUCCAUGUUUCCCUUGUAUGUCACCGAGGAAUUGGAAGUAUGGCCAGAGAAAAGCCUUCGCCAUCGAGUUUGGAUGACUGUGAAUGAAGCUCGGGAAGCUUGUGCGGCUGUGUGGAUGAAAGAAGCUUUGGAUGAAUUCGUUUGUCAGUUCAAUUGUCAAUCAAGAGAAGUAGAGGUUGAUGAAGUCCCUCUCACAUCUUGUUUAUUAACAUUGUGUGGCAGCGAAGACUUAAGCUUCGCCAUUGGAGCCAAAACUGCUGACAAUGAAGUUGAUUGCUACUUAAUCAGUUGAGAAACUAAGUUGCUCGAUUUUUUCUCCAAAAUGGAGCCGCAACAAGAGCUGCUUGAAGAUGAGGGUUUAACUAGAUAGGCAAAAGUGUACAAAUUGGUCACCUUGAUUAUUCAUUCAUGGAAGCCCCGUUGAUUCUUCAAGCGGUUGUGUUUUCGAAGUUUUUGGGAAAUUAGGGGCAAAUUCAGCAAUCAACUUCUUUGUCUGUAAAUGAGAGAUUGUGGUAUCAUGGAUAUAGAGUUAGGUCACUGUAUUAUUAAAUCGAUGUCCAAUUAACCGGUAUAUACUAUCAGAAAUCCUUUGUACAUGCACUUUGAUUGAUAAAUUUUAACUUGUGUUUUGGGGA